GACAUCACACAUAUAAGCCAGUUCCUUUUUUAUCACCCAUCAGCACAAACGUUACCAGUUCCUUUUGACUCAGCUUGGCCGCAGAUUCAGGUCCCGCCCCGGAGCCCACAGCCGAGAGCUUGUUCAUGAGUUUUCUUUUCUUUCUCUCGUGCACAAGGACGCAAAUGACCGUGGGGAAGCCAAGCCGAGGGAUCUAGCAGCUGCAUGUCGUGGGAGCGAGGUGGGGGAGUGUUUACACACCCAAGCUAACCCCAGCUUAGCUCGGCCAUGAACAGAAAAGAGAGUAAGAGGAAGUCACGGGCAGAAUGUCCCUGCCCCACCAGCCCCGGCUCCGGCUCCGGCUCCGGCAAGAUCCGCCAGCGGCAGAACCGGCGUCGAAUGACCUGCCCCACCCCCAGGGAGAUCAACACGGUUAUGGCCAGCCUGGCGCUGGGGGAGCUCACCAAGACCUGCAGCCUGGAGCAGCUCAUCGAGAAAUGUCUCAACUCCUUCGCCCCGGACGGAACCCUGUGCCGUAGCGACUACACGGUGAACAUGACCCUGACCGUCCACAGCUGGGUGGUGCCCUCGGCUGACCUCGCCCGCCACCUCCUGGCGCUCUACCGGGAGGCGUCUGGGGAGGAUCAGAUGGAAAGACGCCAACGGAUCUGCAACUUCGUCAGGUACUGGAUCACGCAUCACCCCGAGGCCUUUCGCUUGGAGCCCCAGCUGGAGGAGGCCAUGGGCGAGCUCUGGCAAGCCGUGCAGGCCGAGGGUCACGGGCACUGCCAGCCAGCGGACACGACCCACAUCUGGACCCGCAAGGUCAGCUACCAGAGCAGCCCCGGCUGCAACAAGAAGCGGAAAGUGUCUCUGCUCUUCGACCACCUGGACGCGGCGGAGCUGGCCGAGCACCUCAGCUACCUGGAGUUCAAAGCUUUCUGCCGCAUCUCGUGCCUGGAUUACAGGAGCUACGUGCUGCAGGGCUCCGUGCAGGAAAACCUGGCCCUGGAACGCUCCGUGGCCCUUUGCAACAGCAUCUCCCAGUGGGUGCAGGUCAUGAUCCUCAACCGGCCCACGCCGCAGCAGCGAGCCGAGGUCUUCACCAAGUUCAUCCGCGUCACGCAGAAGCUGCGCCAGCUGCAGAAUUUCAACACGCUGAUGGCGGUGCUGGGCGGGCUUUGCCACAGCGCCAUCUCCCGCCUCAAGGACACCCACGCCCAGCUGCCGCAGGAGGUCACCAAGGUGCUGGCGGAGAUGACCGAGCUGCUGUCCUCCUGCUGCAACUACAGUGCCUACCGGCGGGCCUAUGGCGAGUGCGCCGGGUUCAAGAUCCCCAUCGUGGGGGUGCACCUCAAGGACCUGGUGUCCCUGCACGAGGCGCUGCCCGACCGCGUGGGGGGCCAGCUGAACCUCAGCAAGCUGCAGGGCCUCUACCAGCAGGCAUUGGAGCUGCGGGCUCUGCAACAGGCCGCGCCGCCCUUCAAGGCCAACAAGGACCUGGUGCACCUGCUCACGCUCUCCCUUGACCUGUACUAUACGGACGAUGAAAUCUACCAGCUCUCCUAUGCCCGGGAACCCCGCUGCCCCAAGUCCCUGCUGGCCACACCCUUCAAACCCCCCGUGGUGGUGGAGUGGGCGCCGGGCGUGGCCCCCAAGCCGGACCGGCUCACCAUCAGCAAACACGUCCAGCAGAUGGUGGAGUCUGUAUUUAAGAAUUACGACCAGGACCAGCGCGGCUGCAUCUCCCAAGAGGACUUUGAAAAGAUUGUGGCCAGUUUCCCCUUCUCCUUCUACGGCCUGGGGAAAGACCGCGAGGGACCCUACAGCCGCCAGGAGCUCACCGACUACUUCAUGCGGGCCUGCGCCGUCUUCUCCAAGCUGGGCCUCGGCUUCCUGCACGACUUCCAGGAGGCCACCUUCAAGAAACCCACCUUCUGCCAUAGCUGCAAUGGCUUCCUCUGGGGUGUCUCCAAGCAGGGGUACAGAUGUCGGGACUGUGGCAUGAUCUGCCACAAGCAAUGCAAGGACCUGGUGGAGCUGGAGUGCAAGAAGAGGUUCCACGCCAGAGCCCCAGAGGGGGGCACGCCCCGUGCCGCCACACAGCACCCCAGCUCAGGCUCGGAGGAAGAGGCCUUCCCCUUUCCCCCGGUGGGCGAGCCGGCGGAGGAGCGGGCCGUGGUGCUGGCAGGGGUGCCAGCUGGCCGGCGGCGGACUCGGGACGCCUGGACGCAGACGGACGACGCCAGCCCCACAGUGGAGGGCUCCGAGCCCCACGGCGGGGUGGGCGGCUGCAGCAGGGACCAGAAGCUCCUGGAGCACCUGCAGGAGCUGGAGAAGGAGCGGAACCGGCUGCUGCUGGAGAACAUCGGGCUGCACUGCCGCAACGCCCAGCUGGAGGUGGAGAACGGGCGGCUGCUGACGGGCGAGGCCGAGGGGCGCCUGGGCAAGGCGGAGGAGGGGGGCCACGGCCAGGCUUCGCUCACCCUGCUCCUGGAAGGGAUGGACUCCCUGCACCUGCGGCAUGACUCCAAGGCCUGAGCCGGCCGGACUCGCCCGCCUCUCCCGGCGCCGCCGAGGGACUCAAAGCCGGCGGCUCGACCCCAAGCCCUCGGGCCCCAGCAAGCCAGGCUGGGCAGCCUGGCUCCCGGACUGUACCUGGGCAUGGCCCCAAUAAAGGGAAUGCGUCUUUGUCGAGCCGGGCCUGGGCUAGGCCAA